CGUGUUUCAUCCCGUACAAAAGCUCCUUCCCAUGUACCACGUCAUAAAAUCUGUAUCAAUUUAUCGCCUCGACAAGGAAAUAUAAUGUUUAGGUGUGUGUUGGUUAUAAGUCUUUUUAUUUAUGCACAUAGUGAUCUUUUUAGUGCUCUAUGUAAACUACAAGAGUUAUUGAGAGAAGAGGAAAAACUACAGUUAAGCUUAAACAGGUACAUCACUAGCAUUGAGGAGAAUGGACAGGAUGUCCCCCCAGAAAUUACCAGAUUUUCAAAGUCCCUUAAAGCAAGGAGAUUGGAAAUUGGUGAUGGCACCAAAUACAUUGAACAUCCUAUUAACGACUUCCAUCUUCUUUAUCGAUUCGUGGUGGAAUGGCAGUCGGUGUUCGAUAAUAUUUGGUGCGAAACUUGUGAAGUGACCAAUGCUGCCAAAGAUUUUAACUUCACUGUACAAAUUGUACACAAGCACCUGGGUCUGUGGCCUUCAAUGUACGAUAUGGACGGCGCCUCGCACGCUCUACUCCGUCUGUGGAAAGUUUAUAAACUGAAUUUGGACGACUUCAUCAAUGGAAAAGUCCAGAACUACACAGCUGACCAGCCACUGUCGGACGAGCAAGUUCUAAUCGUGACACAAUACGCAGACAAUAACAAGGAGGAUUAUUCGGAGAUGAAAUGGCUAGAAGCCUUAUACAGACGACUACAGAAGCAGGAUGGAUUUUCUAGAAACGACUCCUUUGUCAUUCGUAUCGCGCGGGCAUUAGCCGCGUCAUUUUACAAACUAGGUAUUUCUAAGAAAUCAGUUCUUCUUUUGGAACCUUUCCAAAGUUUAGGACACCGUGGUAUAACAAGAGAUAUAGCAUUCUAUCGAUCCAGUGUAUCAAAUAAAGGAAAUGCCACAAUCACAGAGCCAGAACCACGUGACCCGAUGUAUGAAGCCCUCUGUCGGGGAGAUCAGAAAACAGCAAUAGAACUGUCCAAACUCCGUUGCUUCUGGAGAAAAACUAUAGUGCCAUACUACAGAGGGAAAGAGGAAGUUGUGAACUAUGAACCCAGAAUCUCGCUCUUCCAUGACGUCAUCUCUCCCACCUAUAUAGACCUACUUAAAUCCAUCGCUCAGAAAGGUUUCACCAGAUCAACCGUUUUCUUAGAGGGAAAAGGACCAAACGGGGAGACUGUUUAUGGUAAAGUGGACGACGUCCGGAUCAGUCAAACGUGUUGGAUUGGAACAGAUGAGUAUCCAGAGCUAGCUAAAUUAGAGAACAGGAUCAAACUUCUAACUGGACUGAGUGCAGCCUACAAACUUCAAAGAAGCCAUUCGGAAAAAUUCCAGGUUCUAAAUUACGGAGUCGGCGGAAUGUAUACCGUUCAUUACGACAACACGAAGUUCACGUUGUGGACACCUCCUAAUCCUCUAGAUCCGGACGAUAUUCGGACUUCUGGAGACAGAAUGGCGACAUGGAUGUUUUACCUUAAUGACGUCAAACUUGGCGGUGCUACAGUCUUUCCGGAAGUAAAGGCCCGGGUACCAGUUGCUAAGGGUGGUGCUGCGUUCUGGUACAACAUGAAGCUGAGCGGAGCAGAAGACCUGCGCACACUACACGCAGGAUGUCCAGUGCUGAUAGGAUCCAAGUGGGUGAGCAACAAGUGGAUUCGCGAAGAGGGAAAAGUGUUCAAAAGGCUGUGUGGUCUGACUGAAGACGCCACAGAAAAUCUACCAACUUCCUGAUGAAUAACAAAUCUACAGACUUCCUGAUGAACAACAAAAAAGACAUCCUGGUGAACAACAAAUCUACAUACUUCCUGGUGAACAACAAAUCUAAAUACUUCCUGAUGAACAACAAAUCUACAGACUUCCUGAUUAAUAACAAAAAAGACGUCCUGGUGAACAAUAAAUCUACAUACUUUCUGAUGAACAACAAAUCUACAGACUUCCUGAUUAUAACAAAAAAGACGUCCUGAUGAACAACAAAUUUACAUACUUCUCCUGAUGAACACAAAUUUAUAGACCUCCCGAUAAACAGAAUCUUGUACUGCAAAGCUUCUUAAACUCAUGUGUUUCUGAAAGAAGUCCAUAGACAGGGCUAAAUACAACCCCUCAAAAGUGUGAAAAUAUGUGAGAACUUUUUUGAGAUAUGAAAUAUAUUUUCAAAAUUUGAGAAAAAACAUCAGGUAGGCACAUGUGACCCUAAUUUCCAUGUGAAUUAUAAAAUAGACUUCAAAUUGUGAAAUCUAGUAAACGGUAUAUCAAAAUGAUACCUUAGUAAAAAUAUAUAAUCAUGAACGCAAGCAUCUAAAUCCACAAUGUUGUCAUGGAUAUUAGCAAAUUGGGAUUUUCAGACGAAAAUGCAUAUUUUUUUUUAUUUUUCAUAUAUUUUGCUAGGGAAAAUAUCGAGCACAAUUUUGCAUAUAUGUACCAUUUUUAUGCCGAACUUGCAGCUGAUAUAUAUAGAAUAUCACACUCUAAUGCUGAUCUCAGACCUGGGAUUGGCCCCGAGAGUUGAACUCGAGUGAGAUCACUCGAGGGGCAAUCCCAGGUCCGAGAUCAACAUUAGAGUGUGAUAUUGUUUAUAUCAUAUACCUAAAACACAACAAGUUGAUAAACAUUUUUUUUUUAAAUGGGGGGGGGGGGGUUUGACCCAACAAAUACGCUACAUGGUAUACUAUACAAAUGGCAACGAUAUUUCAUUAUUUGACUAUUUCAUUCCUUCAGUGAAUUUACUUUAAUGGUAAUGUUUCCAAUACUGAUGGCUUUUGUGAAACAUGCUAAAGUUUGGGUUUUGUAGCUUUAUUCCAUUGCUGGUCACGAUAAUUGGAUGAUUAAUUAUGGACAUCCCAUCAUGUGGUCUACAAUCUGGACGUUUCAAUAUUAACUGAACUGCUUGGUUGAGAAACUCGUCACAUCUAUCGUUGUGUUGUUCAUGUACAUGAAUAUACUAUUAAACAGCUCCUAGGAGUUUGCUAAUUAAUAAAUUGGAAAUAAGUGAAUUAAUUUCAUUUAUUUUUUCGAAUUUACCAUAUAUUUUGCUAGGGAAAAUAUCGAGCACACUUUUGCAUAUAAGUACCAUUUUUAUGCCGAACUUGCAGCUGAUAUACAGUUGUAUAGAACGUGCAAGUUUGAGAGGUAGGCAAAUACGAGUUCCAUAUUUUCUGAAGCAAUUAUAUACUUCAGAUCUGUCAAUCAUAUUUUGUCAAAAAUAAGAAAUUGGAAUUUUCAUAAACUUUGUGACCUUCCUGUCAGUUUGAAAUAUGUCAUCACACAUAUUGAGGUCUGCAUGAUCUAAGUUAAUAAAUAAUGAUAUAC